UCCUCAAUCGUCGUCACCACUCACGUACUCUGCUAUUAAAAAUCUCACCAGAUUCAUAACCCUAGUUCUAAAUUUAAUCUUAGAUACUUCAACAAUCGAGAAUUCAAUCGGGGACAACGGAAUAGCUGCAAUCUAGAUUUCAAUCCAACUUUUUUUUUCCGGAUUUCACUAUCAAUCGAUUUAUAAAUCUCGAAAAUUCGGACCGAUGAAUUUCAACGAACUACUCUAGAGAAGGGGUAAUACAUAGCCCAAUUACUCGGCCGAUUGGUCGAUUGUUUACAAAACCACAUUGAAGUAGUGAAAUUGGGAUUGAAACUAGAAAAUUUCGUAAAUGUAUCAGAAAAUGGUGUUGAUGUAUGAAGGGGCGAGGUUGUUGGGAGAGGCUGAGUUGCAGCCGCAGGAGGGAUUUGUGUGGGCGCAGGAGCUGAAGGAAAUUCGAAUUUGUCAGUACACUUCGCCGAGUGAGAGGUGCCCGCCGCUCGCCGUGCUUUUGACGAUAAACUCCACCGGAAUAUGCUUCAAACUGAAAUCUACUGUCAAUAUGAAGAAUCAGAAUCAGGACUCGCCGCUUUCUGUUUUGCACGCCACCUGUCUCAGAGAAAACAAGACUGCUGUAGCAUCCUUUGGUGGAGGGGAAAUUCAUUUAGUUGCCAUGCAUUCGAGAAAGGAUCAAGGGCAAGGUCCAUGCUUUUGGGGGUUCAAUGUCGCAUCAAGCAUAUACAAUUCUUGCCUUGUUAUGCUGAAUCUCAGGUGUCUUGGCAUUGUGUUUGAUCUUGAUGAAACACUCGUAGUAGCUAACACAAUGCGGUCGUUUGAGGAUAGGAUAGAGGCUUUGCAGCGGAAAAUGAAUUCAGAGUCUGAUCCACAGCGUGUUUUGGGGAUUCAGGCAGAGAUCAAACGAUAUCAUGAUGACAGAAUUAUUUUGAAGGAAUAUGCAGAAAGUGAUCAGGUGACUGACAAUGGGAAAAUUAUCAAAUCACAGUCUGAAGUGGUUCCUGCUCUGUCAGAAACUCAUCAACCUAUUGUUCGCCAUCUUAUACGUCUUCAAGAUAGAAAUAUUAUUCUUACUCGUAUCAAUCCACUGAUACGUGAUACAAGUGUUCUUGUGAGACUGAGACCUGCUUGGGAGGAUCUUAGAACUUACUUGACUGCUAAAGGGAGAAAACGCUUUGAAGUUUUUGUUUGCACAAUGGCUGAAAGGGAUUAUGCUUUAGAAAUGUGGAGACUUCUUGAUCCAGGAUCUAACUUGAUAAACUCUAGAGAGCUCUUGAAUCGCAUUGUGUGCGUCAAGUCUGGUUCUAGGAAAUCACUGUUUAAUGUUUUCCAAGAUGGAAACUGCCAUCCUAAGAUGGCAUUGGUAAUUGAUGACCGCUUAAAAGUGUGGGAUGAGAAAGAUCAACCACGAGUCCAUGUUGUUCCUGCAUUUGCUCCAUAUUAUGCUCCUCAAGCUGAGGCCAACAACAGUGUCCCUGUGCUCUGUGUUGCAAGAAAUGUAGCUUGCAAUGUGAGAGGUGGUUUUUUCAAAGAUUUUGAUGAUGGGCUUUUGCAACAAAUAACUGAGCUUGCAUAUGAAGAUGAUAUUCGGACUGUGCCUUCUUCACCAGAUGUGAGCAAUUACUUAGUUUCAGAGGAUGAUCCAUCAAGUUUGAAUGGGAAUAAAGAUUCCCUUGGUUUUGAUGGAAUGGCAGAUUCUGAGGUGGAAAGGAGACUGAAGGAGACGAUUUCCGCUUCUUCAGCUGCUUCGUUGCCAACUGCUAAUUUAGACCCAAGACUCGCCUCAGCACUCCAUUAUGCUGCAUCAUCCUCUUCUUUUACAGUUCCUCUACCAGCAAUACCAGUACCAGGACCAGCUAUGUCUUUCGUUAAUCAGCAAUUAUUACCUCAAGUGGCUCAGCUUAGCCAAGCAGAAAUGACUGUGCAAAGUUCUCCUGCAAGGGAAGAGGGUGAGGUUCCUGAAUCAGAACUAGAUCCUGAUACAAGAAGGAGACUGUUAAUUUUGCAGCACGGUCAAGACAUGAGAGAACACCCUCCGAGUGAACCUACAUUUCCUGCCAGGCCCCCAAUGCAAGUAUCACUACCAAUAGGUCAGGGCCAUGGCUGGUUUCCUGUUGAAGAAGAGAUGAGCCCGGGACAACUGGACCGUGUGGCACCACCGAAGGAAUUCAUUUUGAAUGCAGACACUAUUCCUAUUGACAAGAAUCGGUCUCCUCAUCCACCCUUCCUCCACAAAGUGGAGCCUUCUAUCCCGCCUGCUAGAGUGUUGCAUGAAAGUCAGAGAUUACCAAGGGAGGCAUUUUCCAGAGAAGAUCAAUUAAGGUUGAAUCAAGCAGUAUCCACUUUUCCUUCUUUUUCUGGUCAAGAAAGUCCUGUGGCCCAAUCAUCUUUAGCAAGUAAGGAUAUUGAUCUCGAAGCUGGACAAAUAGAUCCGUAUACUGAGACAUGGCCUGGAGCAUUGCAGGACAUUGCAUUUAAGUGUGGAACAAAGGUGGAGUUCAAGCAAGCCCUGGUAUCUGGUGCAGAACUUCAGUUCAUAGUGGAGGUCUUGUUUGCAGGUGAGAGAAUUGGUCGAGGGAUUGGUAGAACAAGAAGGGAAGCACAACGUCAGGCUGCAGAAGGAUCUCUUUUAUGUCUGGCUGAUAAAUAUAUGUCUUAUCGUAGAUCUGACAACUAUGUGCCUGGGAAUGGGAGUAGGAUUGUUGCUAAUCAAAAAGAAAAUGGCUUCAUUAGUGAUCCUAACACUUUUGGAUAUCAGUCACUGUCUAAGGAGGAGGGUGCUCCAUUUUCUACAGUUGCAGCAUCUCCAAGAAUUCGAGAUCCAAGAAUUGAGCCUUCCAAAAAGCCAAUAGGUUCCAUUGCUGCACUUAAAGAGUUGUGCAUGAUGGAGGGCCUUGGUGUAGCAUUCCAAGAACAUCAACCUCAGUUUUCAGCUAAUUCAGGACAUAAAAGUGAAGUUUAUGCCCAGGUUGAAAUAAAUGGAGAAGUACUGGGUAAGGGAAUGGGCCUAACAUGGGAUGAAGCUAAAUCCGAGGCUGCUGAAAAAGCUCUCGGGGUCUUGAAAUCCAUGACGGGUCAGUUUCCUUACAGGCGUCAGAAUUCCCCGAGAUCAAUGCAUGGCGUGUCGAGCAAGAGGAUGAAACAAGAGUUCCCCCGAGGUCCUCAGCGAUUUUCAUCCUCUGGCAGAUACUCAAGAAACGGAUCACCUAUACCGUGAAACAGCCUAUACGUUGUUUUUUUGUGCUUGCAUUUAUAGCAUUAGCCCACACACAAGUGCAACUUGCAUGAUGAAACCUGUAAUGUGGGGAUGGUGGAGGCUGGGCUGCGGCUGCAGUUAGCUCCCAGUAAGAAUUUUGCUGAAGUGGAACUGCACCUUGCCAAUGACGGUUAGAAAGCCUGAGGAGGCGGACGCCUCUGUCAUUUCAAGUCGACAUGGGAUCUUCAACUGUUGUUGUAUCAGACCUGAAUCUUAAUCCGGUCUUAGAAGGUGUGAAGAUGAAGGAGAAGACGAGGAAGGUGGAAUUGGUCGGGGAAGAAGCAAUGUUGUGAUAUAAGUCAUGGAGAAGCCGAUAUGCACUAAACUUUAAUGGAAUCCCAUCUUUGAUUCAAAAAUUCAUCAGUAAAUAUGACACCGCAUCAAUGCACAUUAUGUAGUUUGAUAGUAUUUGUCAUGCCCUACUCCAACCAGCUUAGGGAAAUUGUCCAUUAAUCAUUUUUUACCACCACCACCACAAGUAGGAGUUUUGUCCUUGACACUGUAAACUAUAACUUUCAUGAAAUGAGUAUAUUUGUUUUUAGGGUAAAUUGUUGGAAAAAAUUA